CAGACUAGGUCAAGCAGACCUGGAGGAUGGUAAAAUUGCGCUUAUAUUGGGUUCUUCCUUCCAUUUUCAUAAAUCGAUUCGAACACAAACAUGACUCCGGCAGCUGCUAAACUCUCAAGGAACUCGUUGUUCCUCUUCUUCCGUUGUUUUGCCAAACAUGUUUUGGAGUCUGCUCCCAGUCACGUGUAUACAAAGCCAACGCUACAGGGCAAUGCCAUCUUCCCUAUUCUCACCACAUUCUCAGUUACCCACCAGGAGGACUUCAUUUGAGAUCAACACACGCAAUGAUGUUGUGCGGUUUUCAUUUGGUGAGCCAAUUGUGGAAGCUGGCUCCUCCACUCCACAGAACAAGGUGACUAAACCAGUUAAACUAUCCAAGAAGGCCAAACUCAAUGAGCUCCGGUUUUAUCGUCUCAAGGCCAAAAAGAAGAUCAAUUCUCCAAACCCACAAGUUAGGAUUCGUUACAAACUUGAAAAGGCGAAGCGAAAGGAAACAUGGCUGAUUGACAAGCUGAGGAAAUUUCAGGUUCACAAAGCUCCUGCUGAAACACAUGACCCUGAAAUUUUAACUGAAGAAGAGAAGCAUUAUCUUAAGCGAACUGGCGAGAAAAAGAAGAACUAUGCGCAGGUCGGAAGGCGGGGAGUGUUUGGAGGGGUUGUGCUAAAUAUGCAUCUGCAUUGGAAGAAGCAUGAGACGGUAAAGGUUGUUUGCAAACCUUGUAAGCCGGGACAGGUUCAUGAAUAUGCUGAUGAGCUAGCUCGCCUGAGCAAAGGCAUAGUGAUUGACAUCAAAUCUAAUAACACUGUAAUUUUCUAUCGAGGAAAGAACUAUGUGCAGCCGAAAGUAAUGUCACCACUGGAUACACUGUCCAAAAAUAAGGCACUUGAAAAAUAUUGGUAUGAGCAGUCCCUCGAACAGACGAGUCAGUUUAUUGAAAAAUUGGAGAAUGAACUAGAGGAUUAUCACCAGCAUCUUGCUCGGUUUAAGAAAGUGAAAGAGGAUGCUACAGAAGAUUGUUUGAUCAAUAGAUGAUUCGUAAGAUUGUUCCAUAUUGUAUGCCAUUAGUGUGACUGCUGUUUUCUUGGCUUUCUGAUCCGGAACGAUUACUGGAGUGUGGUGAAGAUCUUGCUUAUAGCUGUCAGCAUUAAAGUAUUGUAUGACAGAGAAGGAAGUUCUAUAACAAUUUACAAGUACAACAACCACGACAAUUGUUACUGUUACGAAGAGAGUAAAAGUAAAACCAGCAAACUCUUGCUGUGUCAGCAAUCCAUCUUGGUUACCUAUUUGCACCCAUUCAAUGCUUUUUCACCGAUGCAUUCUAAUAAAUCACGCAUUCUUUGUGUACUUUCUCCCCUCUACAGAACUCUUCCCUUUGCCCCUCCUCUUUCACUCUGCCUGUCAGACAAAAAGUUCCAUUCCCAAACUGGAUUUCCCCACAAACCUUUUUUUUUUUGGCCUGCUCUGAUGUUCCUCACAACCCUGUAAUCACAGCUAGCUGUGGACCACACAACGUACCUUGGUUACAAGGGCUGUUGAUGAGGACAUCAUGGCAAACCUUUCAAGGUUUAUGAAUGAAAGAGAUGUAAAUUUAAAGCAGCUGAUCAUUGCCUACUUGUGUCUAUUUGUUUCUGUUAGAAGAAGUCUGAUCCUAGGAGUCUUUAGGCUCUGUUAUUUCAAGAAUCUACUUGUGUCUUUUUGUUUCUGUUCAGUUUAGGAGUUUAAGUUUUUAUUUAUUAGGUCUUUAUGUUUCAGUUUCUGAAUUUCAAGAGUCCUAAAGAGUCUUUAAAGCUAGUUAGUGUCAGUUAUAGAGGCUGAGAUAUAUUAUGUUGAAUUAAAAUAUCAGUUUUCUGAAUUAUCCUGCGAUAGGAUUAGGGUGAGAAACCUGGGAGAGAUUCCCAAAUUAGUGUUUUAGGUGUGAA